AGAGAGAGGAGAGAGAGAGAGAGAAAAGCAUGCGAAAUAAAGCUAAAAAAGAAUUGGAGAAAACCAGAUCCUGUACUCCCUUUCUCCGAAGACUCUCCCAAAAUAUAGGAUUUAUCAUCUCAAGAAACGUAAUACCCAAAAUUAAGAUUUAAAAUUUCCUUCUUUUUCGUAAUUUUUCAGAAAAAAAUCAUCUUUUCUCGUUUCUUUCAAGAAUCUGGGCAACUAUGGCCACAGUCUGUCUGUAGAUUUUCAGUUUAUCAUGCACGUGGAUAAUUUUUGUCUACUUGCUUCAAUGGUAUGAACAAUCCAGAAAUCCAGUUUCAAUCUGUGAAAGAUCAGUUCUUCACCAUCUCUGGGUUUCUGCGGCGGCAUUCAUCAGGUUGUUUCAGCAUUUUUUUCGAUUCUCUCUUCUGAGGUGUGUCUGCUGAAUAAGAUUUGGGUGAAGUUUUAAGUCACUUCAACUUUAGUUGAGUUCUGUAUCAGAGAUGAGGACGGUUAUUCGGGCCGUCAGGCAAUUUAGGCCAGCUCUUCAGCGUAGAGGAAACUUUGUUAAUGAUGGUUCUUUGAAAGGACAAGAUUUUUGGUGCAAUACAAAUUAUCGCUCUAUAUACAAUGUAGCCAGUGGUGCAGACAUUUUUCUGUGUAGACAUCAGUCAUACAGGAUCUACAGAACUAUCUCUACUGAUGCAGCUAAAAUUACCACUGGAGAACUGAAUGGAGGGGGACCUCUAGUUGAAUAUGAGAGAAGGAUUACGGCUGGUGAACUUUUGGAUGGAGAUGCCUGCCAAUUAGGUACCUUGGGGGAGCUUCAAAGACUAUAUGAGGAGCUUGUUGAAAAUGCAGAAGCUUGCCGGUUGGAUCGAUAUACCACUUCUGAGAAAGCCGGGAGGAGUAGGUGGUUAUGGUCCCGUUUCAUACCCCAAACUUCAAUUGCUCCCGUUAAAGGACUUUACCUUUACGGAGGAGUGGGCACCGGCAAGACUAUGCUGAUGGACCUGUUUUUUGAUCAGCUACCUGGUAACUGGAGGAAGAAAAGGAUCCAUUUCCAUGACUUCAUGCUAAAUGUUCACAGCCGUUUGCAAAAGCACAAGGGUGUGGCAGAUCCUUUAGAAGUUGUUGCUGGAGAGCUUUCAGAUGAAGCUAUACUGUUAUGUCUUGAUGAGUUCAUGGUAAAUGAUGUUGCUGAUGCCUUGAUUCUGAAUCGUCUAUUUAGACACUUAUUCAGCAAUGGAGCUAUUCUUGUCGCCACUUCGAACAGAGCUCCGGAUAACCUUUACGAAGGAGGACUACAAAGGGAUCUGUUUCUUCCAUUUAUUGCUACUCUGAAGGAAAGAUGUGUAGUUCAUGAAAUCGGUUCAUCUGUUGACUACCGGAAAAUGACAUCGGCAGAGCAAGGUUUUUACUUUGUUGGAAGACAUUUAUCUACCCUUCUGAAGCAGAAAUUUCAACAAUUAAUCGGUGAUCACGUAGCUGUACCGCAGGAGGUCGAAGUUGUUAUGGGCAGGAAACUGCAGGUUCCACUGGGAGCCAAUGGAUGUGCUUAUUUUCCUUUUGAGGAGCUCUGCGACAGACCUCUUGGAGCUGCCGACUAUUUUGGGUUAUUCAAGAACUUUCAUACGCUGGCUUUGGAAGGUGUGCCGAUUUUUGGGCUCUCCAAUAGGACAGCAGCAUAUCGGUUUGUCACGCUAAUUGAUGUCAUGUACGAGAACAGAGCGAGACUAUUGUGCACGGCCGAGGGGACGCCAGUCGAACUUCUGGACCGGAUUGUAACAAUAGCUGAUGCUCAGCACCUGGCACCCCGAACCUCCUCAAGAUCGAGGAAAUCAGACGACUCCGACAUUUGCGUCGACAAUGAAUUAGGUUUUGCAAAAGAUCGCACCAUUAGUAGGUUAACGGAAAUGAACAGCAGAGAGUACUUAGAGCAACACGCAGAGAUGUUGGCAGAGAAGCAGCAAUUGCAUCGCCAUGAGACGGCCUUAGAGUCUUAGCCGAGAGGGAGUAUAGGUAUCGUCCCGACCGCGCCAUUGUUGUCUGUAGGAUACAAUACAUACCGUAAUGUCUGGAUUUGCUGGUGAUAAUUUAUGUGAUCAAAUCACGUCGUAGAGGAGAUUAUGACAGUUUUGUUUGGAAUAAAUUAUCUGUUUUGUACAGCUUCUAACUGGGUAAUUUUUUUGUAAUAAUUUGGAUUCUUGAUGUAUAAAGAUGAUCUCUUGGAGGAGGGAGGAUAUGUACUUGGGAAAUAAUUUAUGGUUUAUGCAGGACUGGUUAGCUGCAGCCUGCAGUACA